GUGAGGUUGGCGCUCGAGAAGGGUUUCAGGGAGGCAAGUGCACGACCAAGGAAAGAUACGGGGAUCAGAGGGCUGACAUGGAGGAAACCCUUGCCAAAACGGCAUAGGUCCAUAUAGCAAUUCAAAAGACACAUGUCGAAAUUGAAAAGACACAUGUCGAAAUCGAAAAGAUUCACACUCUAGUCCAACCCUUUCUUUGGCAAGUUGGUUUUCUCUUCGCAGGGGCCACAUUGGUUCGUAUAAUUUUCACCCACUACCAUCGUUCUCUUCAAUUCUAAUAUAAAUCAGUUUGGGGGAUAUAUUGGGAAGGAAUACCUUGAAGAGAAAUAUUUUACCAGGCCACCUUCAGAGACUACGGAUUCUCCGGGCGCGGGACCUACCGUUACUCCUGAUCCGGCCGUUGCAGAGGGCAGGCCGCUUCUUAAAUAACAAAAGUAGUUAGCAUCGGAUUAAUAAAAGUAGGCGGGGUUUAAGCAAAAUAAACAUUCUUCCUACC